AUGGGAAGAGUUAUGGGUAAGGUUAAGGUAAGGGUAAGAGCAGGUGUUAAGGUUUAGGGUAGGGACGUCCCAAGGAUACCGGAUAGCACUGACCAUUUCAUCACCGCGCACCGGCACUGCACAGGUGGCGUCAGCACCCUUCUGGUGAGCGAGCGCGCCGCUGUUUUUGCGUGACCUGAUUGGAGAAUAUCUACCCGGUAACCCGAUACCCUCACACCAUCAUUCAGGCCACAUCACCCACUUUCCCCGCCACGGGCAUCUACCAUCUUCCACACGAGUCGAUGCUAGCUGGAAAAAGAAGAGUAGAAAUGAUGUCGGUCUCGGUGGCGUUCAUUGGCGUACUGAUUCUACGUUUGGUCUCCUCACAGAACGAGCCUUCCAUCAGCUCGUCGGACCACAUCACGCUGCCCAGUGAUCACCACAGCCUGCCCCUCACCCUGCAGUGCAACUUAACUGCAGCCCAUGGUGCCCACAUCGAGAGCUUCUGGAUGAAGAAUGGGGAGGAGAUCGAAGAGACCCGCGGAGAGAGAGCCAACACUGAGUACUACCUGAAGAAGCCCCGAGGAGAGGAUGCAGGGGAGUACAUGUGUGUCUACACCGUCAAUAUGGACCCGCCUGCUAACGCCACCAUCGAGAUUAAAGCUGGUCCUGACAUCAUAGGCCACAAGCGUAGUGACAAUAAGAAUGAGGGUCAGAAAGCCCUGCUGUACUGUAAGGCCACGGGAUACCCCUACCCCAUCUGGACCUGGCGCAAACUGGACAACGGGUUCUACAUGGACAUCAACAACUCCUCCGGUCGUUUCUUCAUUAACAACAAAGACAACUACACUGAGCUGAGCAUCAUCAACCUGGACAUCGGCUCCGACCCAGGGGAGUACCAAUGUAACGCCACCAACAUAUUCGGAACCUCGUCCAUCGUAUCUGUGCUGCGGGUCCGGAGCUACCUGGCCUGGCUUUGGCCUCUGCUGGGCGUCCUGGCCGAGGUCAUCAUCCUGGUCAUCAUCAUCGUGGUCUACGAGAAACGCAAGAAGCCAGACGACAUUCAAGAUGAUGACGAACCAGCCGGACCAAUGAAAACGAACUCCACCAACAACCACAAAGACAAGAACCUUCGUCAGAGGAACACAAACUGAGCAGAUUGACGUCUCAUUAUUAAUAAUAACAUAUUCUACAUGUAUGUAUUGACCAUAUGAAGGUAACCAGGAGAGGGAUCCAUAGCAGUGUGUUAAUAAGAGUGAUGAUAUCUGCCAUUAAAGUAUGUAGAGGGGGAGGAGGAGCUACGAGGCAUGCCUUCUGAUUUCAUUAUCUAUCUAUCGUGUGAUGAGGGUGAAGAAGGUGAUCAAUGAAUGUGAUCCCAUAACAUUAUGAAUGGUUUAUGAAGUGUCUAUGAAGCAUUAUAACCAUUGUUGCUGCAUGCAGUUAUUGAUUGUUGCUGUUUAUUUAUUUAUGUAUUAUUUAUUCUUAUCAGAUUCCAUUUCUACUAAUUCUGAAGUAAUGCGUGCAACGUUCUGUUUGGCGCAGACAUUACAUAUUUUUUUGCUCUCUGUCCCAAAUGGCACCCUAUUCCCUAUAUAGUACACUACUUUAGACCAUGGCCCACAGGGCUC